CACCCACUGGCCACACCCCAGUUAGCUACCCCUCAACCAUAUACUUCCCCAGAUUGGGUAGCUAUUUAAAGGCAGCUGGAAGUCAGGAAAAUAAGGACAGUCACUUGGCAGGAUCAACCACAGCUUCUCCUGAGAGAGUCCUCAGCAUGAAGCCCUUCUUGCUGCUGCUGCUGGCCAUGGCCUCUGGCUUGCCUCAGGUCCAUGGACAUUUUACACAGUUCGCAGAUAUGAUCACGCUCAAGACAAAGAAGAACGCACUUACAAGUUAUGGUGCCUACGGUUGUCACUGUGGCUUCGGUGGCAAAGGAACCCCGAAGGAUGCAACAGAUCGGUGCUGUGUCAAGCACGACUGUUGCUAUAUCCGGCUGGUAAAACGUGGAUGUGGCACAAAACUUCUGAAAUACCAGUAUACCAAAAGAGGGAGCUCAAUCACCUGCAAAGCAAAGCAGAGCUCCUGUCAGAAGCAGCUGUGUGAAUGUGAUAAAGCUGCUGCCUCCUGUUUUGCGGCAAACUUGAAGAGCUAUUCAAGAAAAUACCAGUUGUAUCCCAAUCGGUUCUGCCAUGGGAAGAACCCACGUUGCUAAGAGGCUACCCGAUGUGGAAACUUCUUCUCUAAUGCCUCUCCCUCCUUGGAGCAAAUUCCCUGGUGAUAAAACAAUCAAUUCUCUUCCAUCUGGGGGUUAGGCCAGAGCCCUCUGUUGUGGCCCAGGAGGUGAAGCCCAAUGUGGGGGUGGGGGUGGGGAUACCACUCUUCUGAAUAAAGCCGCUCAGCCACAGG